CUGGAUUCUGCAGCCGAAUGCGGAAGUGACGUCCGCUACACGACGCCCUCUCCAUUGCGUCUGUGUUGUGGUGGCUCGUUCUUUGUUGAAUUUCUGUUCUUGUUAUAUACACAUUUUUUGAUAUCAUGCCUGAUCGUUGUGUGGCAGGCUUUUGCUCAAACACUCGAGAAGAAGGAAUAAGCCUGUUCAGGUUUCCAAAAGACCCAAUUCGCCGCGAUAAAUGGACCAGGCAAGUGCAACGAACGCGAACAAAAUGGACACCGUCAAAUUCGUCAGUGCUGUGCUCCGCACACUUCGAGGACAGUUGUUUUGAUACUAUUCCUCAGAUAAAGGAAAGUUUGGGACUCAGUGUGUUCUACCGGAGGGUUCUUGUACCAUCAGCUGUGCCAACUAUCUUUCCUCGACCCAGACCGGGUGCGAAUGAAAACACGAGUACCUAUGCAUACGGCAAUUCACAAAGUCAAAAAGCCAGACGACGUUCGGCUGUGAAAAAGCGUGCCAAGUUGACAAUGCUCAAUGAACUUCUUUGUCAACAAGUGGAGACAGCUCUGGCUUCGCAAACUGAUACAGUGCCAGCCGACAGUGCGUAUUGUCUUGAAGAGACACACAGGGAUGCUGAAACCCAGUUUGCAACUGAAAUGAGGCCACCCUCAAGGACUGUUACCACUCAGUAUCGGCGAAGAGGUCCUUGUAAAGACAUCCAGCAGCUGAUUGGUCGUCAAGAUGAAUGUCCCGCUCAGCCACAGAGUGGCAGCUCCACUUUGGAGCAGGCGGAACUACUACUAGAAGAAGAGGAGGAGCCACAGCCACAGCCCCUCUAUGUAAAAGAGGAAGAGGAGGAGCCACAGCCGGGUGGGCUGUGGCUCCUCCUCCUUAAUGUGGGUGACAUUAAAGAGGAAGAGGCAGAGCCACAGACCCCGUAUGUUAAAGAGGAAGAGAUGGAGCCACCCCCCCAUGUUAAAGAAGAGGAUGAAGAACUGUCUAUCACUCAGGAGGGAGAGCAUCUUCUAGGGCCAGAGGAGGCUGAUCUCGCCAGAUUGCUACUGACUGGAGUCUCUGCGGUGACCGAGGACCAUGAAGACAAACCACCUGAGUCCUCACAGCUUCAUCGUAGUCCAAGCAAGGAGAAGAGAGAGUCGGAGCCUUCAUGCAGCAGCUCACUGCAACACAUGACAACAGAAGCAACACAUGACAACCUCUUAGCUCCACUAUCAGAUGGUCACGACACAACGUCACACUCCCCUGAAGACAGAGGACAGAAGACAGAAGAUGAAGACAGCAACUACAACCAAGAAUCUCUGAGCAGCGAUACAGACUGUGAAGGUGACAUGACGAGUCACACUGGCAACAAAAACUCAGAAAGCUCUAAAACGAAGACAGGUAAACGUUUUAACUGCUCAGUUUGCGAUAAAAGCUUUUCUUGUACGGGUAAUUUGACUCAACACAUGAGAACACACACUGGAGAAAAACCUUUUCAUUGCUCAGACUGUGAUAAACGCUUCACUCAAAAGGCACACAUGCAAUCACACAUGAGAACGCACACGGGAGAAAAACAUUUUCAUUGCUCAGACUGUGGUAAACGCUUCAUUCACAAGACAACCAUGCAAUCACACAUGAGAAUACACACAGGAGAAAAACCUUUUCAUUGCUCAGACUGCGGUAAAUGCUUCAAUCGAAAGGCACACAUGCAAUCACACAUGAGAACACACACAGGAGAAAAACCUUUUAGUUGCUCAGACUGUGGUAAACGCUUCAAUCGAAAGACAAACAUGAAAUCACACAUGAGAAUACACACAGGAGAAAAACCUUUUAGUUGCUCAUAUUGUGGCGACACAUUUUCUUGGAAGUGCUCUUGGAAAAGACACAUGCAGAGUCACUGAGGGUCUACUGUUUGACUCGCCUGACUUCCUUGCAGUCACUGUGUUGUAAUAUUCUUUGCAUGUGUCUUUGUUGAAUAAAUGCAUCUUGUUUUUACUAAUGUGCGAAAAGAAAGACAUGCUGACUGCAGUGGUUUUAUUUGUAGUUGAAGGUGUUUUAUUUGACUGUAUGCUGUCAUCACUAAAUGCUGGAAAGUUGUGAUUUGAUUCCUUUUACUGACUUAAGUUCUUAUGAUUCACUCAUUGGUGUACGGACUGCUUUCAGGAGGCCUUUGAAGGAUUUCAGUGAGAGCAAAAUAGUAGUUUUUGCUUUUUUUUUUUCUUAUUUUGCAUUGUUGAUUUGGGGGUAUGCUGGAGCCUAUCCCACCUUUGGGUGAGAGGCGGGGUACACCCGGCUGACUGGUCGCCAGCCAAUCGCAGGGCACAUAUAGACAAACAACCAUUCACACCUAUGGACAAUUCAGAGUCGCCAAUUAACCUAACAUGCAUGGGAGGAAACCGGAGUACCCGGAGAACAUGCAUGCACAGGGAGAACAUGCAAACUCGCACAGAAAAUGCCCAGCGGAUAUUCGAACCCAGGUCUUCCCGAUUUCCUGACUGUGUGGCUUGUGUGACUGUGUGCUAACCACUCAGCCACCAUGCAGCUAAAGAAUACUCAAAGAAUUUACGCACAAAUUGACAAAAUUAUUCAGUUUUACUGAAAAAUUGAAUAAUUUUUGUCUGAUCUUGUAUUUUAUUCUGGACAUUGAAUGCAGUACAUAAUAAAGUGUUGUUUUCCAAUGUACAGCUUAAA